UGCCCACAGGGGUUAUAAAGUGUUGUAAAUGGUAUUUAAGAGCUGCUGUAGAUUUAGAACGCCUUUCAUAUUCUCAUGUUCACACUCUGACAUAAGCAGGAAAGGCUCCGACAAGAUAGAAUAAGUAACAGGAACUUCAAGUUUAUCUGAGAAGACAAAAUGAAGCUGAUGUUCAGUGUGGUUCUUCUCCUUCUGCUGUCCUGCUCUACCAGCCAAGCAUCAGAUGUCAACAUUACAUCCAUUCCACCACAUGUUGACUAUGUAAUUCAGACGGACAUUAAUGGGACAGUGAGCCUGACAUGUGCACUCAAAGAUGGCCCUCACGAAGAUAAAGAGUUGGUGUGGCUGAGGAAUGGAGCUACAGUGAAUCUGAAUGAUGGAAACAAGGAAAGCGUCAGUCAUGUGUGCAUCAAACCCAUCUAUGAAGACGAUGAGGCUACUUUCACCUGUCACCUCAAGAGCAAUGCCUCCAAUGAGGUUACUGUUACCCUCAACGUCACAUAUCACCCAGAACUCUCCGGUGAAGAGGCCGUUACAGUAGAAGAAGAGGCAGUGCUGCUCCUGGAAUGUGACAUGAGGGCCAACCCCGCCAUCACGGCAGUGACGUGGAAACUAAAUGGAAGCAUGGUUGAUCUAACAGCAGGUUUCACCGUCACCAAUGAUGGCAUUACCAGCCAGCUAAAUGUCAAAAAAGUGGAUAGAAGCCAGCAUGAGGGCUUGUACCAAUGCACGACAACAUCUCCUAUGUAUGCAGAUAAAAGCAAGACUUUCAAAGUCACUGUCACAGAUAAGACCAUGAAGUUCCCACUGAUGCCGACGAUAGCAGGUCUGGUGGUGGUGUUCUUCACUAUGCUUCUUGCUGUAGUUUCACGGCGGAAGAAAAUUGUAAAGUGCUUCAAAAAGUAAUUCAAAGGAACCUGGUCCUCAGAUAUUUAAGCGAGUGAGACCAACCAUGAAGGCAUCGUUUCACUGUAUAGUGCAAGAGGCAUUGAUUAUCCUUUAAUAUGGUUUAGUUUCAUAUAAUUUUGCAUUUGGACUUUUACCAGAACUAUAUGCAUAAGAAAAAAAAUAUAUUAAAUUAAAAUAAUUCUAUUACUUUCUUGAGUCAGUGUUAGGUUGUGUUAUUACAAUUUUUAGACAAUACCAUAUGUGUUAUUUAAUUGCUGUUGUUUUUCUCCUCCAUUCUAAUGUUAAAAUAUACUUUAAAAUUUGACUGAAUAUAAAAGCUAACAGUUAAGGUAUUAUAUUGGGCGAUUUCAGAGCCAGUGCAAUGAGACAUUAAAUAAAAUUAAGUAAAAUGUUAUCAGAUAACAAAUAAACCUAUUGGUUGUUGCCAGAAAAAAAAAGGAGAACAGAAUUCACUAUUAUAGAAUAAAGUAUUUCAUGUUAGAUUAAGUAUAAUGUACAUAUAAAGUCAGUGGAAGAAAAGGGGAUUUAACUUUAAUCCAGAAGGCAAAGUUUCAGUUUGAUUAGAGCAGAAAGAAUAAAUGAAAUUCAAAAUAAAAUAACAUUUUAAGUCAAACUGUGGAUUAUAAAAAAUAUAUAAUUUUUUUGCUUUUUCUCGUAAAUAUUAAACAAUUUUAAUGUAGGUAUUUAUAUAAAAUUCUCAACCUGAGUACAAUCAAGACAGUUAGUCAUCCUAUAAACUAUUAACUUUUUUCUUUCCAUGGUAGAGAAAUAUUUUACAGAUAUUAGUUAAAAAUGUUUUACUUUAACCACUUAGCCAAACUUUUAAUUAUAAAAUGCUUUGAAUUUGAGAUAUUUAAAUAAUUAAACUGAAAUAAAUGCAAAUGUAUAGCUCAAUUAUUUAUAUAUGACUAUAUAAAAUAUAUGUUUAAUCAAUCAGGUUCCUGUUUGCCCAACAUUCUGAUUGCUCAGGGUACUAUUUUCUAGCAAUAAAAUAUGUGAUAACAUCUUCAGGAUUUAAUUAAACAAGAAUAAUGGAUUCUGAUGUCAUGUAAAACACUGUCUCGUAAAUCCAUUAUUUUUAAUCUCUGGUGUCGAAAUCCCUCCUGACCUUUAGCUCCUGACUCAACAGUACAGUCCUGACUCGUUAAAAUCAUGUUAUACAUUUACUCUUAAUGUGACAAUAGGACGAGCAUUAUGAAGUUGCAUGGUUCAAGGUCUGGAUCUUUGUGUUCUUGCCCAUGAAAAAAAUUGUCAAGAAGGUUACAUAAAACAAAGGAAUGCUGAAGGUACGGCUCUGAUGUCAUCUAUUUGUUGAUCUAAUAAACACAAUUUGGACAUUU